AUGGCCGAGAACUGGAAAGGCGACGAUAACCAGAACGGUGCCGUCGGCCCCCAUUUCCUCGUGCACUACCAAGGCUGGAAAAAGACAUGGGACGAGUGGGUGCCCGAGUCGCGUCUGUUGAAAUAUAAUGAGGAGAACCUUGCGCGGCAAAAAGCGCUUGUGGAUGCGACCAAGGCCGAGGCGGAGGCUGCUGCGCAGGCCGCAGCGGCCGCGCAUGCCGACGCGAGCCCCGCGCGCGGUGCCGGGCGCAAAGGCACGCCCAAUGCCGGUGGCCGAGGCACGAAGCGCAGCCGCGAGUCGACUGAUCAGGACGAGCUCGAGCGCCGUCCCGAGAUCAAGCUGACGAUCCCCGACGUGCUGAAAGUGCAGCUUGUGGACGACUGGGAGAAUAUCACACGCAAAGAGCAGCUCGUCCCCCUCCCUCGGAAUCCGAACGUGCGCGAGGUCCUGAAAGAGUACGGCGAAGUGUACCGUGCGACGCACAAAGGCAAGCCGGGCGAUUGGUCGGCUGUGCUCGACGAGGUGCUUGCCGGCAUCAAGCUCUACUUUGACAAGAGCCUCGCGCAGAAUCUGCUGUACCGUUUCGAGCGUCCCCAAUACGUCGAGAUGCGCAAGCAGCACGGCCCCAAGAUGGGCGACGGCGACGUGGACGCCGCCGGCCGCGCCGAUGCAAAGCCCAAGCGCGGGCGGCAGCCCGCCGCCGCCGCCACCCCCGCCGAGCCGACGAUGGAGCUAGAGGCGAGCGAGAUCUAUGGCGCGGAGCACCUGCUUCGUCUGUUUGUCAACCUCCCUGGCAUUGUCGCGCACACGAGCAUGGACUCGGACUCUGUCGCCGUACUGCGCGAGCACCUCACCGAGUUCCUCGCGUUUAUGGCGCGCGAGCAGAAGCGCCUCUUUGCGGCAGAGUACGACACCCCCAGCUCCGCCUACCAGCGCCUAGGCACUUUGUAG